AGUGGACAAGAUACAAGGAAAACUGCUACUACUUCUCUACAAAUAAAAUGACGUGGGAGAGCAGCAGUUCACACUGCGCCUCUCAGAACAGUCAUCUAGCCGUGUGCGAGGAAGAAGAGGAGUUGACUUUUCUCAUCGAGGAGGGACGAACUUACCUGACAUUUUGGAUCGGGCUGAGGAGGGACACCCAGGACAACUGGAAAUGGGUCAGCGAACAACCCUUCACUCAGGGAAAAUGGGGUCUCUCAGGAGAAGGGAGAUGUGUCUGUUUGGCUAAACAAUCAAUGCAGGUCAAGCCGUGUGAAACAGAUCAGCUCUGGGUAUGCGAGAAGCGAGCGCCCCUUUGUGACUGAGCCUUCACCUGAUACAAUUUAUGAGUGGAAUGGGACUGGGUGGGGGCGAUGUGGUUGGAGACACUAAUUUUUUCUAAUGAUCUAGAUUACAGCCAGCAGCCAAAAAACAGCUGACAUGAAAGACUGAACAAAAUCCAGGACUAAGACUUCAAGGAGGGAGAACCUCAAUCACAUAAGUGAGAAGAAAUCAAAAAGGUGGCAGGCACAGUCCACCAGUCAGUGUAAGGAAAUUAGAUACGCUUGUCAUAUAUGUACAGUACAGGUGCCUAGUAGCAAAGGUUCACAGCAUAUGAUGGAGUUAUUUCAAGGUAGCUCCUGCUCCAUGACAUUCCACCUUUAGGGUAGAUAAAUGGAUAAUAGGUCACCUGGGUUUUGUUCAGUUUUGUUAAACCAGCUUAAACUCUGUGUGUGUACAUUCUGUAAUUUAACAUGAAGACGUUUGCUUGUCGAUCUCUUCCUUGCCCUGUUCUUGUCUACAGAAAGCCUCCCAGGACUUGUUACAAGGCUUGAAUAAAUGAGCCCAUUUGUGGGACAGACUGGGGUCGCUUCCACAUUCUGCCAUCAAUGCUAUAAGCUGGAGACUGGUGACAUGUUGAUUAGCAUAAGCAAGCAUGAAUUUCAGCGUACUUUGUACGUGUGACAAUAAUGGACUUUUAAACCUAAAGAAGAAUUUGGAAAAAGAAGAAAAUGUGCUGCAAUUUGUUACUAAAACACAAAGAACGGAAGCAGUUCAGAACCUGACGUUGUUCCUCCAGACAUGUGAAAGCA